ACUUUCUUCUUCCACUUUACAUCUAUUUUGAUAUUUCCUUUCCAAAUGUUUUUAUUUAUAUUUAUUUCUCUAUUACUGUAUACUACUGGCGUAUUUCAAUUUUGUCACACAGGCUCACCAGGAUUAUCUGCACUUUUUUAGUAUUGCAUGUUGAUAUUACAUUUUGACCAGGACGAAAGGAAGAGUCAUGACAAAAAAUUUAUAUAUGCGCGAGAAAUCCUCUGAUACAAGUCCCAUUAAACUGCACUGCUAAAAAUUUCAGUGCAAUAAAAUCUGCAUUCAUCUAUUUCAGUUCACUUAUCCGAAUGCGAAUUUUGCACUGCUCGAGAACAGUGUUUGUUCGUCGAAUGUGGUACAAAAAGUUGCAUGCCAACAGUGCAAUAUAGUCGAAUGCUUUAAUUAUAAUAAUUAAAAGCCGAAUGCAACAAUUGCACUGGGAGAGAGAACGCCAAUUGAAUAUGCGGCAUCGAAAAUGUUCCCACUGAGUGCGCACUAGUGCGGGUCGCAGAAUUCAUUAUUAGAUUAAUGUGACAGUGGCAAAAAUUAUUUUGUACAUGAUUUUCCAUGUGUAUUGUGCAUUAACUUACUAAUUAUUUAUUAAUUACGAUUCACUGUAAUGGAAAUAGACGGAGAGCUGGCUGCAUAAAAACGCAAGGUCAUCUUUUUCUUAGGUGGGUGGGUGUUUUUUGUAAAAAAGUUAUUUCGUGACUAUGAAGUUCAUCACAGAUUAGUACAACUAAUUUUUUCUACUACAUUUUCCUUAUCUUGUACUAUGUUUGAGCUUAUUAUUUUUGAAAUAGUUGGAGUUCUUGAUUCAAGUUCCAGAUACUUUCACUGGAAUGUUGGUCUCUAUAUGCUUCUAUUUAUGGUAAUCGUUUUGAUUCCAUUUUAUAUAGCAUAUUUUAUCAUUAGCAAUAUUAGAUUUGUAAGACUGAAGUUAAUACGACCAUUAACUAUAGUAGUAUAUCUCUUCUAUCUCUACUUAUUUUGGAAGAUAGGUGAUCCAUUUCCAAUUUUAAGUCCAAAGAAAGGUCUAUUAUCUAUUGAACAAGGUGUCAGUAGAAUAGGAGUGAUUGGUGUUACUGUAAUGGCACUACUGUCAGGAUUUGGUGCUGUAAAUUAUCCAUAUAACUCAAUGGCUUAUUUUAUGCGACCUGUAACGUAUGCUGACGUACAAGGUACAGAAAGGCGAUUGUUACAAACAAUGGAUAUGAUUGUUGCUAAAAAGAAGAGGAUAGCAUUAGCUAAAAAAGGAGAAAUUUUGGGACAAACUGAAACUCGAUCUCGACUUUGGGGAAUGUUUGGGCCCUUAGGAGGCACUAAAAGUAAUCAAGAAAGCAUCAAACAGUUGCAAACAGAAGUUACAGCGUUAGAGGAAUUGUCACGACAAUUAUUUUUGGAGGCACAUGAUAUUCAAAAUGCAAGAGAACGUUUGGAGUGGGCUGCUACUUGGCAGGGAAAAUAUUUUAAUGUUUUAGGAUAUUUUUUCUCUGGAUAUUGUACUUGGAAAAUAUUCAUAUCGACAAUUAAUAUAGUUUUCGAUCGGGUUGGUAAAAAGGAUCCGGUAACAAGAGCAAUCGAAAUUGCAGUACACUGGAUUGGUUUUGACAUUGAUGUAACAUUUUGGUCUCAACAUAUUUCUUUUUACCUCGUUGGUUGUAUUGUAUUGACAUCGAUCCGAGGUUUACUGCUAACCCUUACAAAGUUUUUUUAUGCUAUAUCAAGUAGCAAAUCGUCAAACAUUAUUGUACUUAUACUUGCUCAGAUAAUGGGUAUGUAUUUCGUAUCAUCCGUACUUCUAAUGCGGAUGAACAUGCCUGCGGAAUAUCGAAUUAUAAUAACUCAAGUUUUAGGAGAAUUACAAUUUAAUUUUUAUCAUAGAUGGUUCGACGUUAUAUUCUUGGUGUCGGCACUGUCUUCGAUAGUGUUUUUAUACCUAGCUCAUAAGCAAGCACCUGCAGAACGAAUUUUUAGUUGAAUAAAAUAUUUUUUAAAUUAAAUGAAAAUAUUUCUUUAUA